AUUUCAGAAAUACUCAAAUAGACAUUUCGUCAUUACGAAAUACACGUGGACGCGUUUUCUGUUUUAUCUUGUCAGUGUUUCGUGGCAAUUUUCUGUUUUCAGACCACUCUUUAUAUCAUAAAUAGGCUUGACGAUGUUGCAUGUUGUCGAGCGUUGGGCGUGUUGACACCUGAAUCUGAUCCCCUAAUUAGCCGGAUGGUGUCGACCUCGAUCGAGCUUCUAUCACCAGCCCGAUCACCAUAGGCUUAAGAAAAAUCCAAUGGCUUGUGAUCUGUAUCAAGCUAAAGACGGCCUUAAUAUAUAGGCAUACUCUUCAAUUUGAAACAUGAAAGAUGACGUAACUUAGUUUUAAAACCUAACUUCUGUACUAAUUAAGAUCUAGACUGGAUGCAGAGUUGUCUUUCUUUACACUCCAGCUGGUGGAGAUUAAUAAAUAUUGACUAAAGUAACGCAUAUAAGUUAUUAUAGUUAGAAGAUUUUUCUGUCACCAAAUAUCUUACUUCAACAAUGCUAGAGGAUUACUGAACAAGAAACGUACGUUGAGCACCUUAGACAAAUUUGUUUUGAGACACAGUUAGGCGGACUUGCCCAGGGAGAGAGACAGAAGGAAGUCUUCGAUCACAUCUUGUUUAAAAGUGAAACAUUUAUAUAUUGCAGGUGAAAGCACCAUGUCAGAAGGAGAUACAAAGGUGGGCGAGUGUGUGAUAGAGGACAAUUCCCCGGAAAAAGAAGAUGUUGUCAAGGCUGGACAGAGUGAAGUUGCAGGUGCAGAGGCAGGUGCAGAGGCAGCUCCAGUAGAAAAUGGAACCAAGAACAAGAUCAAAAAUAGAAAAAAAGGAGGAAAGAAAGAACAAACUACUGAAGCAAAAUUACCUGAUAGCUAUUUACAACCUUCUGGGGCUACAGGUGGUGGUUAUAAAUGGGAGACUCUAAAAAUGAUGAUGAAUCCGCGAGUGUUUGCUACUCCAGUGCUACACAAUGAUGAACUUUACAUAAUAGGGGGUUGUGAUGAGAAAGGAGAGCCCCUGGACUCAUGUGAGCAUUACAACGCAGCAAAGAGGAAAUGGAACUCGCUAAGCUGUAUGCCAACAAAACGUGCUGCUCCGGCAUGUGGAGUGGUAAAGGACAAAAUUAUAGCUAUAGGAGGAGUAGGUACCUCACAGGGUCCAGUCAAUGCAGUGGAAGUGUAUUGUAUAGCAAGUAAAAAAUGGACAUCUAUGGAACCCCUUGUGGAGCCUCUCCUAGGGCUAUCAUUAGUGAUCAAAGAUGAGCUGGUGUAUGUGGUGGGUGGAAUGUCAGAUGAUACCAACCCUCGGGGGUCUCUCCUGAGCUAUGAUGUGGAACGAAAUGUCUGGAAGAAUUAUGCCCAAAUGAAUGUCCCAAGAUAUGCUACCUUUUCAUUCAUAGUUAAUGGAAAAUUAUAUGUGAUUGGAGGGCGGCAAGGAAAAAUACCAAAUGCAUCCUUUGAAUGCUACGACUUUGAGCUGAAUAAAUGGACAAAGCUCGAUGACAUCCCUUCCAAACGUGUAUUUGCCAUGUAUACUGCAGCUGAUAAAUACAUAUUCAGUAUUGCGGGACUUAUGCAGCCUGCCAACCUAGGAUUCUCCAGUACCAUGGAAAUAUAUGACACAGAGAAAGGAAAAUGGGAGAUAGCAGAUGACAUGAAGAUAAAACGAGGAGACUUUGCUGUUGGUGCGGUGGGCAACAGAGUUAUAUGUGCUGGUGGACUAGGUAACAAUGGAAAACCACUGACUUCAGUUGAAGCAUUUGAUUGGGGCAGUAGGAAGUGGAGCGAGAUAACGGACAUGCCCUCGGCUCAUUGCUCAUGUGCUCACAUCAUGCUCAACGGACGACUCCAUGUAGUUGGUGGGCUUACACUGGGUGGGGCAGGAAAGAAGGUGGAGGCCCUUGGUUAUCGGUGACCGGCUGACCGCUGUCCAGCGAUUCUUUCUGACCCAUGACCAGUUGUUACGUCCUUUGAAUUACCUUGUUUCAUGAUCCAUCUCCUACUACUGUUGAACAUUGCUUUCUGUAAUAGAAAGUAGUUAUCAGUAACUAUGAUUGAAAAAUGCUUUAUUUAUUUUAAUCAAUGUGUCAAUUGUAUACAAAUAUAAGUUCAUCAAAAUUACAAACCUUCAGAUAAAAAAAAAACAUACACCUGUGUUUUUACAUAGUUGAGAUAGUCCCUAAAUCUUCCCGCUUCAAUUUGCGUUGGACUUCAGUGACUACAGGUGUUUAGUAUCUCUAGUCCUCUUGUCAAAUUACAUCUGUGUUUUAAGUGACAGUUCAUUGUUUACCACAGGUAAACAAACCUGUUGAUGUGUUUGUCUAUACCUAAAAUGUUUUAAUUUUAUACCUGGUCAGUUGUCAUUUUAGGUAUUAUCCUCACUUUUCACCAAGAUAACCACAGUUCAGUUCCCUAAUUGGGAUGUGAAAAGGUAUUUAAUUACCUGCCCAACCACAUAGAUUUUUCUGAGCAUUCUAAUUUCUUCCCAGAUUAAGUAGCUUGUGCACAAUACCAUACUAACUGCAUAAGAACCUGGAGACGUGCCUCCUGUAAAUCUGUUCUGUUUUUAUAAGUUUCAUAAUGCAACUUUCAUCAUGCUUUAUUUCCCUAGCAGUUAUAAGAGAUGAAAUGUUGGCUUAGUAUUCCUGAAUUUAUGUGUUACUCUGAAUUAUAUACAUGUACUUGUACACAAAUGCAACUUUACAUACUUUUAUUGGUGCAAUAUAUUUCAUUUUCGAUUUUACAUCAGAGACAAUCUGUCAUUCUAUCCAGUGUCAUCACAGGUGAAAACACAUAAAAUAUCGCUCAGAACUGUCAAUUCUCUUUAUUUCUAAGCCGAAUUGAACUCUAAAAUCAACUUGAUCUAAAGCCCCCAGCUUGGACUGGAAGUCUCAAGUUCUUCAUCAUUUUUGUAUAUCCCCAUUUUCCUUCUUGUACAUAAGCAGCUUAUCAAUUCUGGAUAAACAUAUUUUGAAGAAUUGGUAAUGUUGACUGCAUUUAAAAAGAAUUUCUAAGUAAAGCCAUAAUAUUCAUCAGUACCAGGUACCGGUACUUCCUGUGUGUGGUUGUGUGAUAAGGCUGACUGCUGUGUUGGUAGAGAAAGAAGUCCCUUGCUUAAUGAAUCAAAUGAAUCAACUUAUAUCAUAAAGUAUGAUCAUAAGAAAAUUCCAGUUAUUCAGUUUUAGGACACAUUUGCUUUGUUUUUUAUCACUUUUAGAUGGUUAGCUGUCAUGUACUAAGUGCACUAUGAUGUCAUGGUGCAGUAUCGUUCAUCUCUCAUCCUCGAAUAUUCUUAUGGAAUCAUGUGAUAAGUCUUGUAGAUCAAAGCUAAAUGAUCAAACAUACUGUAAGUGAUUGAUCUUAAUGUGGAUGUAUAGGGAUAUAAUUAGUCUUUUAUACUACAACCAAUGGUUUUAUGGUGAUUAAAAAAAAAUUAGAAUUUUAAUGAAUUUUAUUUGCAAUGCAUAUUGAUGGGAGUAUUGUUGCUAAAACCUCUGUAUAGAAUUAUAGGAUGACCUUGAACUUUCAUCAUUCCCAUUAAUGUGAUACAAAGGGAAUUUCUACACUGUUUAUAACUUAAUACACAGUUAUCUGGCAACGUUUUUGUAUUUUAUAUUUCUGAUAAGCAAUGCAGAAUUUCAGGAACUGUUUUGUACUUGUAUAAAACUGAGAUCACUAGAACUUCUUAGUCCUAACUGUGAUAGACACUGUUGUAUACUGAUAAUAGAGACUGUUGUAUACUGAUAAUUAAGAAUACACAUGAUAUUUAAGAACUGUUUUGUAAACUGCUAAACCCUUGUUUUUGACAUUGUGAGCUAUAUUUUAUUUUUAUACACAAUAUAAAGUUUGAUGUAAGAUCAUAAGAAAGCACCUGCUGAUUUAAAUGAGACAUUGAUUACCAAUUUUGAUAAUAGUUCUGUGUUGUAAUGUUCAUUGUUUGUCCUUGCCUGAUUCUAUGGUUAAUUGUUUACUUUAGCAUAAUAAUUUACCUUGUAUGACAUGUGUGAGUAGGUAAUGUCUUAAAGCAACAGUGCUCCAUCCACGGAUCCAUCAGAUGUCUAGCUUAUUACUAUACCAGAUUGAUCAAGUGGAACAAAGGGAAGUUACUCUGGUAGAUCUCGCUAUACCAUUCUGAUAAAGUAGAACAAAGGAAAGUCGCUCUGGUAGAUCUCGCUAUACCUUUAUGAUAAAGUAGAACAAAGGGAAGUCACUCUGGUAGAUCUCGCUAUACCAUUAUGAUAAAGUAGAACAAAGGGAAAUCACUCUGGUAGAUCUCGCUAUACCAUUCUGAUAAAGUAGAACAAAGGAAAGUCACUCUGGUAGAUCUCGCUAUACCUUACUGAUCAAGUAGAACAAAAGGAAGUCACUCUGAUAGAUCUCGCUAUACCUUACUGAUUAAUGGAACAAAGGGAAGUCACUCUGGUAGAUCUCUCUAUACCUUACUGAUUAAUGGAACAAAGGGAAGUCACUCUGGUAGAUCUCGCUAUACCUUACUGAUUAAUGGAACAAAGGGAAGUCACUCUGGUAGAUCUCGCUAUACCUUACUGAUUAAUGGAACAAAGGGAAGUCACUCCGGUAGAUCUCGCUAUACCAUUCUUAUCAAGUAGAACAAAGGGAAAUCACUGGUAGAUCUGGCUAUACCUUACUGAUCAAGUAGGACAAAGGGAAGUCACUCUGGUAGAUCUCGCUAUACCUUACUAAUCAAUUGGAACACCGGGAAAUCACUCGGGUAGAUCAGAAUAACAGCUUAUUCAUAUAACUGAUCUCCUCAAAUACUAGUGUUGUGCAUCUUCUUAAACUUGUGAUACCUAGUAUGAUAGAAAUGUUAAAGGAGCAUGUCUUUGUGUCUACAUAGUGUUAACUAUAGUCUAUCACCAAGCUGAUAGAAAUCCCGAUGUCAUGAGAGACCUUGCUUCGACUCUUGUCAAAGCGUGCAGAAAUGUGUAUUUACAUGUUCUCUGAAUCUGAAGCCAAUGUAGAUAGAUUUAGUGGUACAUGAAAAUGAAGAAGCAUUCUCUGUUAGCUGAGUAACAGAAACAUUACUGAACACCAUGUACAAGUCACACCUGGGCUUAAGGUCAGUGCUAUUGGUCACAACAUUUUAGCUUCUUUAAGAUAUGUGUAGUUGAUUAAUUUAUCUUUUUAUUUACCUAAAGGUAUCAAAUCAUUCUUUAAUUCAUAUAAAUCUUUAUAUAGAGAUGUAAUUUUAACAUUAUAUCCAUAUUUUGUACUAGUUUUAUCAUGUCCUUGGAUAGCGUUCAAAUAAACAAUGUUUUCUAACUA